CCUGUGCGCACCGGGGUGUGGCCCACACACGCGCACCCACACGCUCACGCGCGCAUCGGAGAGUUUUUAGCAGUAGGUUUCUGCCGUCAGCCCUUCUUCUCCUCCUCUUCUCCCUCUCUGCCGGAUCUCUGUCCGCUCACCGAGCUUCAUCUGACGGCUGAAACUCAGCGAUCUUCUUCUUCCGCCGAAUUUAUAACCUGCAACACUGUCAAAAUGGCCAACAGAGGAACCAUUCGACCCAGUGGAAACUUCAACGCCAGUGCAGAUGCUGAGGUCUUGUACAAGGCAAUGAAGGGGCUGGGGACCGAUGAGGAUUCCAUCUUGCAGCUGCUGGUGGCUCGCAGCAACGCCCAGAGGCAGGAGAUCAAGGCUGCCUACAAAACUCUGUUUGGAAAGGAUCUGGUAGAUGACCUGAAAGGAGAGCUGGGGGGCAACUUUGAGACCCUGAUCGUGGCUCUGAUGACCCCACCCCUCGCUUAUGAUGUGACAUCGCUCCGCAAUGCCAUCAAGGGGGCAGGAACAGACGAGAAGGUCCUGGUGGAGAUCCUCGCCUCCAGAACGCCUCAGCAGGUGAAGGAGAUCGUCGCUGCUUAUAGACAGGAGUACGAUGACGACCUGGAGGAGGACAUCGCCGGUGACACCUCAGGUCACUUUAAGAGACUUCUGGUUAUUCUGCUGCAGGCGAACAGGCAGCAGGGGAUCCAGGAGGGAAACAUUGAAAAUGACGCUCAGGCCCUCUUCAAAGCAGGAGAGCAGAAGUUUGGCACUGAUGAACAAUCGUUUGUCACCAUCCUGGGAAACCGCAGUGCAGAACAUCUCAGGAGAGUGUUUGAUGCUUACAUGAAGUUGUCCGGAUACGAGAUGGAGGAGAGCAUCAAGAGGGAAACAUCUGGCGGUCUGAGAGAUCUGCUGCUGGCAGUCGUGAAGUGUGCCAGGAGCGUCCCAGCCUAUUUUGCUGAAACUCUGUACUACGCAAUGAAGGGUCUAGGAACUGAUGACAACACCCUGAUCAGAGCGAUGGUGACUCGCAGUGAGGUGGACCUGAUGGACAUCAGAACUGAGUUCAGGAGGAUGUUCGCCUGCUCUCUGUUUUCCAUGAUCAAGGGAGAUACCGGCGGCGACUACCGAAAGGCUUUACUGUUGAUCUGCGGUGGAGAUGAUGCGUAACCGCAGCAACAAGCAAUAAAACAAGAACCACACCUGAAGUGCCUCUCCUCCAAGUCUGCCUUUAUUUUUCGGCUGUCGGCUCACUGAAACACAAAGUUCAUCACAACAAAACGUUCUUGUGUGCGUGAGAGAGAGAGUCGGCCAAAUCAGGUCUUUUUAAACUAUGACUCCAGAUAACGUCUUUGAAAGGUAGCUAACAUUUUGUUCACGUCCACAUUAAUCAAUGCAGCUUUUGGUCCGCUAACAUCAUCAAUAUGAUAAAUGUCAUAUUAUUCAUUUGGAAUGCGAAAGUAUCAGACUGCAGUUGCUUUGUUUGCACUUUGUACGGCAGAAACAAUUUAUGCAGUAAUAAACAAUUCAACUGAUGAAGUAA